AUGUCGCAACCGCUCUUCACCCAUAUAGCGACGUCACUGGCUCAGCGGUACAAGUGCUUCACCCUCCGACGUGAUUGCAUCGGCUGGAUCAGUCUGUCUACUUUGCAGAAAUGCACCGCUGCAAUUAGGCAGAUUUCCUAUGCCGGCCCCGCUGAUAUGUUCGACGAAUACCUACAGAUGGGUGAGACGACUGGCCUACAUUCCGGAGUAUCUACGGAAGCCAACCUCCGAAGAAUGCCAGAGACUACUGGAUAUGCACGGUACGGUGCACGAUUUCCUAGGGAUGAUAGACAGCAUCGAUUGCAUGCACUGAGAAUUGAGAAACUGCCUGGUGGCGUGGAAAUGCCAGUUCACUACUGGCAUGCGUAUUUCGGUGUUGCGGGUUCUAACAACGACAUCAACGUUAUGCAGUCAUCGCCUCUCUUCAAUGAUGAGUGCUGGGGGGAGGGUCCAGAAAUUAGAUUCGUGGCCAACGGCACGGAGUACAGCAGGGGAUACUAUUUGGCAUAUGGGAUAUACCCUCGUUGGCCCGUUUGUCAAGACAGUUCGGCAACCGAUUGGACAGAAGAAAGGCUAUUUUGCGCGCAAACAAGAGGCUGCUAG